AUCUGCCCAGGGCGAGGGCAAGAAGCACGCAAGGAACCCGGCAAGGAGGCACGCGCUCCAGUCUCUCAUCCAGGCCUGUAUUUACUUGGGUUUAAUGUCGCUUCGCAAAACACACAAUUAGAGAAGUGUUUUAAACGUAUAUGCGCGCCGGGGGAACGUCAAGAGGUGCUGGAUAUAGCAAGAGGCCGAGUCCAUUCACUGCAACUGUUCUGAAGAGCCACAGAGAAAGUGUGUUGACAAGAAGGACUCGGGGAGAGUGUGCGAACCCUCUCCAAAACACAAUAACGACAGAGCAGAAGAGGAUAAGUUAAGUUUUGACCGAACUGCAUGUUGUAUUAGUCCUUCUUAUUUUGGAAGAUAAAAUGAAUGCCGGGGAAGAGAAUCUGCUGAAGUCCAUCAGCAACGACACUUUACUGGACCUGACACAGCGAUACGGCCAGUCCGCCUUCGGCUUUGGACCUGGCCAGGUUACUGGAAGUCCUGGAGGGCGAUAUCCUCUCACACCGGCCGCCGACUUCCUCUCCGGUCAGACAGGCAAGUCCAACGAGAGUGGCGGGGAGCAGACCAGCGAUGACGACGACGACCGUUUUGACCCUCUGGACCCCCGGAAGAGGGGCUCGGCAUUCGACGAUGACAAACACGGGGGUCCUCUUUCCAAGAAGCCCAAAGAGCAGCGGUCUCUGCGCCUGAGCAUCAAUGCGCGCGAGAGGAGACGGAUGCACGACCUGAACGACGCACUGGACGGCCUCCGCUCUGUGAUCCCAUAUGCGCACAGCCCGUCGGUGAGGAAACUGUCCAAAAUAGCCACUCUCCUCCUGGCAAAGAACUACAUCCUCAUGCAGGCACAGGCUCUGGAGGAGAUGAGGCGGCUGGUGGCUUAUCUGAACCAGGGACAGAGCAUCACCUCGCCCAUCCCCACACCUAUUGCACCCUUUGGACAGGCUGCGGUAUACCCCUUCACGGGCUCGGCACUCGCCACCUGCGCCGAGAAAUACUCGGGGACACCUGCAAGUCUCUUCAAGCACCAUAACGACAAGCCUUGAUAACGUUUUCUUUGUAUAGCCUAUACCUGAACUUCACCCACUUGCAUCCAUAUGUUGGUCUCUCUCUCUGUCUAAAGUCUAAUGCGUAAAUCCUAAACUAAAUAACUGCUGCGAUGUUUCCUCCAGAUUUAACAAAAACAUAAAAAACAACACUGGUGUUUACUCAGGCUAGAUUAGGGUUGGAGCUGACAAAUAGCUGUUUGCACUUAAAAGUGUUUCUCUUUUGCUACACUCUCCCCACAGUGAAUUGCUGUGGCAGUGUCUGACCAUGUUUUAAUCGACAGUUUGACAUUUUAUGUGUGGCUAUAAAAACGUCACCCUUGCAAAAGUUUUGAAUGAUCUAUUUCGUAUUCUUGUGUAGCCUAUAGGCCUACUAUGCAACAUUCAGCGAACCAGAAAAUAACGAGAAAGAUUACGAGAAUGCGUUCCAACUUCAAGAGUGUUUUUGCAGCACUGUCGUUUAUGAAUUAACUUUCCCUCAUUUUAACUGAUGCUAUGUGGGGAAACAGUAGUGGAUGAUGUGAUAUAUUUUUGGAAAAUAUGUAUUGAGGAUUUUGGUUUCGUUAUUGCACAAUUCACAUGAUUGUACAACUGUGGAAAACUACUUGAUCAAAGUACUGCAAUGGUAUUCGUUGUCAAAACAACAGCCUAAACAGACGAAGCAUUUGGUUGUGUUGCAACAUGAAUUUCAUAUAUUGUUUAUAUGUCUUUAU